AUGCUGUCGAUUUUGCGCAAAGCUCGUCUGAAAGACAAGGAGAUGAGGAUCCUGAUGCUGUAAGUCUCAUGACAUGCUCUGCCGAUCUCGAGACUGAGAACGCAGUGGCCUCGACAACGCUGGGAAGACCACCAUUGUGAAGAAGAUCAUGAACGAGGAUGUGAACGAAGUCAGCCCGACACUAGGCUUCAUUAUCAAAACGAUUGACUACAAUGGGUAAGUAUUCCUCUUUCAAUAUACUGUGUACAAGAAGCUAAUGGAAAAGAUACAAACUGAACAUCUGUCCGUUCUCCGGGCUAGGGACUCCAUUUGCUCGCUGACCUUGAUAGGGGACGUCGGGGGUCAGAAGACCCUACGAACAUACUGGAAGAACUAUUUCGAGAAGACCGACACGCUCAUCUGGGUGGUGGACGCGACGGAUCGGGAGCGUAUCAAUGACUGUCGUCAGGAGCUGAGUGGUCUUCUCCUACAAGAGGUGACGGCGGCCCCCAUCUGGUGUAUCCCCUGAUCCCAUCUCACUGAUGCGCUGCAGCGGCUCAUGGGUGCGUCUCUCCUGGUGUUCAAGAACAAGAGCGAUAUUGCAGGUUGCAUGACCGAAGACGAGAUUCGCGAGGUGAGCGCGUCCGACCGCAGCCAGGGACAGAAAAGUCUACUUACCUAAGCACAUUCUCAGGCUUUACAACUGGACAAUAUUCGGACGCACAAAUGGCAGAUCCUGCCAUGCUCGGCGAUGACGGGCCUCAAUCUGCUCGAAGGUCUCCAGUGGGUUGUGCAGGACGCCAAAGACCGGCUCUUCCUUUACUGA